GGCAGCUUCCAGGUUUUGGUGAUUUUUCAUAAAUUUCUACAAUUCUUGACAAAGUUUUGUUGUAAAGUCGCAUUCUCUUCAUGAUAGGUGUGCUGGAUAUAAUUACAAGAGAGGACAACACACACACUUGACAAGAACGUGCCUGUUCCACUUUUGUGGCUGUAUAACUGUCUAAAGAGUUAAUUUUGAGUGUAAAAUAAAAUAAAAAGUCAACUCAAUGUCAAAGUGUCAUCCAUCCAGAAUACCUCAUGUUCUGACUAAUAAAAAGCCCUUUCAGUGUUAUUACAGCAAUGUCAAUUGGCUGAUCAUUCAGCCAGCAAAAUUCACACCAUUUGAGGCAGUUCAUAAAGGAAUGGACUGCCUCGGGAGUAGAGUAUACUGCAUGCAGAGUAGAGACUAGAAUAUACAGAGUAUAGAGUAGGCCAAAGUCAUUACAUUUACAUAAUUUAAAAUCUCGUAAUGGCCGACAACAGACUUUUCAAGGGUAACUGCACUAAAGGAAGGACAUUUUUCAUCUAUGACCACACAGUACUACAGAAGGAAGAAGAUGAUCUUCAGGAUGCCAUCAUCUAUUUCUAUCCACAGUCGGUUGACUCCAACUCGCAGUGUGCCCUAUGUGGGCAGCUGAUGGGCAUGGUGACAUUCUUUUCCAAUAUCCUUGGAAGCAAGCCAAGCUUAUAUCGACUAGAGAAGGAAAAAUAUGCAGUAAAACAUGUUGGAAAGUAUACCCUGGCCCUUGCUGGUGACCUGUCUGAACCUGAUCCAUUCUUGGCAAAAAAACUAGAAACACUCUACUCCACAUUCGCAUUCUACCAGGGCAGCAUCUCUUUACUGGAAAAGCAUGCUGAAGAAAAAGAGUUGGGCUCCUUCAAUAAAGCCAUGGCUAUGGUUUGGAAUUCCUACCUUCCAUUCAUCAGAUGUUAUGAUGAUGACCUGUCUGCAGCCUUUAAGAUCAUUCCAGGUUUAAUGCUCCCAAAGAAUGGUGCCAGUUUGUUUCUGAGAGCAUCCCACCUUCUGCAGACUUUCAAGAGAAAGGCUGGAGUACUUGGAGGCUGUCUGUUCUUCAAGAACAAAGUCCUUUGCUCACAACUUUCUCCAGAACUGACAGCGAAGCUAUGUCUCAUAAAACCAAUUCAGGCUCAUUUCCCUUGCCAGGCAGUGAAAACCGAUUAUGACCUACCCAAUAGAGUGCGCCUAAUUGAAGUCUACCUCACAAAGGAAGAGUAUGAGCAGCUGCAUGGAGCCUGCAUUCAGACGUACACCAAUGAUGCUGCGUCAGAACAAGAAGUGCAAGAAGAUGAAACAGCAAAUAACAUCUGCUUCUCAUUGAAUGCUGAUGAGGAAUUACCCCAAUUGAGGCCAAGACUUUCUAAGCGUAAAUUAUCACCCAAGUCUAGCAAUGGUACUGGGAGCCUGAGUACAUCCAGUGAUGCCGGUGACUCAAAUGUGGUAGUCAGUCAGUUGGCUGUUAUAAGAGAAACUGACAAGUCAGAGGAGAAGCUUCCUUGUUGGAACUUAACUGGUGGGAUGAGCCACUCUGAUAGCGGGGUAGCGUCUCAAGCUGAGAGCAGUCCAGAAUUCAUGAAAAAAAGAGAGAAUUUUUCAAGUGUGUCUGAUGAUUUGCAAACGGGAUGUGCUGAUCUCGUGACUGUAGAUAUAAGUGAGAGAUCGCAGCCGAAGUGGGAUUUGCAGGAUUCGCCAAAGGCUGUUGAGCCAGAUGAUCUGACUGAUUUAGGUCAAGUGAUUAGUGGAGAUUAUUCUAACGAGAAUGCGAACAAAAUUACUGACAAUCAGGAAAGGUGUAUCCAGUCUCAAGAUUCCAAGAUCUGUGAUAACAAUCGUGAAUACACACCAUGUGAUACUAAUGAUACAAUAGAUGCCAAGUGUCGUUGUCAGACAGGUUCUGAUGAAAGGCAGUCGGGUGAAGAACUCGAAGUCGAAGCAGAGCAGCAGAAAGACAGUGGUUCUAAAAACUUUGAUUCUGCCACUGGUCAUAGUGGUGGUCAUGAUUCUGAAAGGUCGAAUUAUGAAAGCAAUAACGAAACUCCAGUUACCUUGAGUGACAAUGUAAAAGAUGCACCACCAGAUUUCUCUCCUGUUAGAGCGAGAUCUGAAACUGAAGAACUAGUGCAUGUGGAAGACAGGUUGUCAGAUAUCCUUCCUGUUAGGCCGAGAUCGGAAACAGCAGAUCUGGUGCAGUUACACUCUAAAUCCGAGUUCCUCUGCAGCAAGCUACAGAGUGGUAUGAAAACAAAAAGCUUUCCAGAGAUGAUUGCUGAUCAAUUGUUCACUGGUAAACGUCUGCGGCAUUCCGCUCCAAAUUUAGUCAUAAAUGAACCCGAUGACUCCAUUCGUAGGAGAGGCAGCACAUUUUACUAUGAUGCACUGCAAUUUGACACUGGGCAUGGAGUAAUGAAAAGUCCACAAACUGGGGAACAUUUAGAAUCUUCACCUGCUGUUCCAGAAUCUUCGCUAGUUAUUACGAAAGACGUUUCUCUGGAUGAGGAAUUGGUGUCUAAGCGUGAUGCUGCAACCUCAGAAAAGGGGCAAGAAUCUGAUAUUACACCAUGUGAUAGAGGUAAACAAGAUCUUUCAUGUAGAUUUGAUUCCAUUCACUCUAGUGAUUCGGCGGAGAAAACACCAGUGAUAUCCAGCGGGAAUAGCACCCCAACUGCAACUAUAGUUGGAGGUACUCCACUCAGUAUCUCGGGGAGAUGUGAAUCAUUUAAUGGACAUCGGGUACCAAAUGACAGUUAUGAAAACAGUCCACAAACGUUGGGAAAUGCAAGUAAUUCCUUGGAUAAUUUGUCAGACGGUAAUGAUGUUUCAAAGGAAGUCGAUGAAGGUCAGCUGGAAAAAGAUAAGUCGGUAAAUGAUUUCGAUUUCUGCCAGAGAACUAGUACGCCAAGAAAUAGGCGACCAGAUAAUCUGCCUUCAGUGUUGGAUGUCUCUACAGAUUCCUACAGCACGCAAAUAUCCUCACCAUUAAGUGCAGAUUAUCACGACUGCCAGUCAGAUAAUGCAGAACUCUCACAGCAAGUGCCGCAAAAUAGGAAGUCAGACUCUUUAGUUGAAGUUAGUAUCAAGAGCAUCAUGGAGUUGUCAGCAACAGGUCUUGAUUCGUGCGGGCCAGAUCAGGAGCGACGUGAUCGAAGAGAGAAACAGAGACAAAAGGUCAAGCUCAGGUCGAACCGGGACCGGAAACCAGCACCCAGAGAUGAUGAUAGUCUCAAUACAAUCCAGAUAAAGCUGUAUGUCCAGGGCCAUUCUGACAUCGUCUUGUUGCUGCUGAUUGAGAAGUACCACUUGGAUGAUGAAGCUUUGGUCCAUUCUUUGUACAAACCAUCCCUGAUUGAGCUUGCGGACAUGGAGGCCGAGAUCAAGGCUUGUCACGACUGCCAUGAAGGGAAAAUCCUGGAAGUCUCUGGUUCACCCUACAACUAUCUACAUUAUGAUAUUUUCGAGAGGGACCUCAAAGGUAAUAUGAUGAUACCAGUUGCAGCACUUGAAACAGAGUUCAUUCAGACUUCCAUCUUCAUGCAUGAGGACUUCUCAAAAUCUCCACGUCUCACUGAUGUCACUCUCAGAUCCCAUAUGUCUACUGUCUAUGGACACCACAGCGAAACUCAUGAAACGUACUACCAGCCUCCGCAGCUCCCAAGCAAGUUGAUUUCUUCUGAUAUCCCUCUGCCAAAUGAUGCGAACUACUGCCUCGAGAACAGAUGCAAGAAUUCACUUCUAAAAGAUCACAAUAUAGUUGUUCUCCGGUAGAGGGAAAAUAGGGAGGAACUUACCAUGACAAAUUGAUGAUUUACCCUUAAAAAAUGUCAUCAGCUCAAAAAGUUCAUGUGCAGGAAUAUAUUUGAAUGCUGACUGCAACAUAAAGGGACUCCUUUAAAAAUGUAUUGUGCCAAACUCAAGAACUAUAGCUUACCCUAUUAUUUAGCUGUUUCCCUUGACAUUCAUCAUGUACAUGUAUACCAUGACAUUCAUCACGUUAACCAUGAAAUUCAUCAUGUGUACCAUGUCUGACAGUUUAGGCCGGUGUCUGUACACUAGGUAGUGUGGAGAUUGUGCUGUGAAAGUGGUGCUGUGUCUGCUUUGAAGACGUUGCAGCUUGGCUGCUAGUAGCACGUUGACAUUAUAUGAUAGUUUGAACUAUAUAUCAUAAAAAAUUAUGUGGGAGCUUGCUAACAAUCGGCUUGGGGCUUUACUCUGAAUUAUCCUGUACUAUCCUUGACUAUGAAUUACCCAGUGCCGUACAGUUAUUUUUUGUGCUACAUUGUGCAUUGCUCAUUUGCUGUCAUUAAGGUUUGAUGUAUAUAGUCGGAGCAUGGAAAGUCAAAAGUUAUUGCUCACGUUCAUGAAAUGAAAUUUAUGUAUUUUUAUACAUUCGUAAUUAAAACAAAUGUACAUGUAUACAUUGAUUGUUUCAGAUUUAGGUCAAAGAAUAUUAAUUGAAUGUGAUUGAUAAUGAUAAAAAAAGAUAGGCCUAUUCAUGAGUUAUUCAUAUGAAAUAAAAUUACAUGUAUGAUGAAACGUCUGAAGAAAUUAUGCAUGUUAUAUUCAUAUCUUGAAGUAUAUGUAAAAUCUGUUAGAAGCUACAACGAACUUAUCCAAUUAGAUUUUGUGUGCCAAACUAUUGUAAAAAACUGAUGUAGAAGCAAACAACGAACGUAUGCAUGUGCAUAACGUAUGACAUCAGAUGUGCUUUGAGCCUUGAUCAGUGUGUGUGUAGCAAUCUGAUUACGGUACAUGUCCUCCUGCACUUACAACACUUCUUUAAAAACAGGUCCAAUUAUAUAAAUCCUAUUAAAAAUAAUCAUGUGUAGAAUCAAAACGAAUUCGUAAAUUUCAACUAUUUUUAUCUGUAUAAUUAUAAAAUAAACACAGUAAUUUCACAUUAC